GCGAGGCCGCGGUGGCACCGAGCUCCCAGUGCCGUGAAGCAAAGGGCAGGGUGCUGGUGUCGUGCCUCGGCUCCUCACGGCUUCGGGGCAUUCGUGACUCGAUAGCAAUCGCUGUGAUUACCUUUAUUUGGCCGGACUUACCUGACUGGACUCGCGAACUCGGUGCAGGCAGCGAUGAGCCAGGCAGUGCCGCCGCCGCCGCCGUCCUACGACGAGGCCAUGUUCGGGCGGCCGGCGGAGCCAGCGACCGCGGCGAUGCCUCAGUUGACGACGUACAACACCAUGCAUGACUAUGUGCAGUCCUCGUCGGCGGCCCCGGCGGUACCCUCCGUGCCUUCCACCAGCAUCCCCCCCACCUACUGGACCUACCACGGCCUGGACCAACUCACGAACCUCCACCAAGUGUGCGUCAGCGAUCGUAAACGUGACAGCUACCGAGUGACCGACACAACGAAAACUUUACUCUUCACAGCUGCCUUAGAAAUGGAGUCCAUGUGCCUAUGUUGCACCUCAGAGAAAGGGCCUGGAAUGAACUUCUUCCUCCUCACCAGCACCGAUCAAAAGGUCCUGCUGGGUAAUCGAAUAAAGAGUCAAAUGUGCUGUGCCUUUCCAGUUGAGACUGUAACCGUCAGCCGGCCUCCAGACGUCAAAAUAGGAACAGUUGAAGGACAUAGCAAGAACUUCUCCUUAAAGAAUGCCUCAGGAGAUAUCCUUUGCAGCUUGGAGAUGAGAGACCGUGGUUGCUGUGACUGCAGUGACAAGGUGUACCAGGUGGUGCCCUCUUCAGCACCUUACAGCCAAGGCCAUGUUGAAAUUCAUUGUGACGGCUGCAUGAUUACUUUCCCCUCUGGUAUGGAUGUCAUCUCAAAAGCUCUGCUAAUCUGCUUUGCUAUUAAUUUGAGGAAUAACAGUAUUCCUGUACAACCAAACACUCAUUUAGUGGACUUUAUCCUUAUAUUCAAGAGAAGAAGACAGAAAACAGAACUGAAUCAUGCAUACGUUUUUAACUUGGGCCUGUACCAUAGAAACAGAGAUUGUAUUAACAUUCAGUAA